AUGGAACAAGCGGGUAGCAGUAGCAGUAGCAGGAAGCCGGGGCGGGUAGGGAAGGCCCCCAUCCAAUGCCAAAGCUGCCUAAAUUUGCAGCAAUUAGCGGGACACCAUCUGGGGUCGCAUGGAAUCCCCCACGCUCUAGCAGCGUUGGGGGAAAUAUCGGCACGUCUUCGUAUUUUAAAUGAAGAGGCCAUUGUGCUUGGGGCGGUGGUGAGGUCGGCGGUGGAGUCUAUGUCCAGGGCACACCGGACUCCUGCCCAAAAUAAGGCCCUAUCUGCCGCCUACACCACGGUGGUGAGGAACCAUUUGGGCCUCUUCAGUUUAAUUUAUAAUGAAGAGGCCCAAAUGAUUCAUCGCCUCCUGGUGGAGGUGGCCGAUGAGCAGGAGCUCCAGGAGCCCCAGGUGCACCACACCCCGCCGGACUCACCACCACCACUACCAGCCAAAAGGACGAGGAAUUUAGGAAAAAAGGUUGAUGAAAAAAGCUUGGAAAGAUUUCUGGGUAAUUUUGAGAUUGGUUCUUUUACUAUUAGGAUUAUGAAUGGCAAAAUGAAAGGACAGGCCUUCAUAACAUUUCAAAAUCAAGUUCAAGCUACACAAGGAUUAGAAGCUCUGAAUGGUGUUUUUAUUGAUGGAAAACCAAUUAUAGCUCAGUUUGGAAAAGUCCAAGAAUUUUCAUAA